GCCGACGCCCUCCGGCUCAUCGAGGGCGACGACGGGUCCGGCGUUGUCGCCUAUGCGCAGCAGCAGAACGAUUCGUUGAGGUCCGAGUACCCCCCGCUUCUUGGGGAUGUUGAGGCGCAUAUCCCGUGGGCCACCGAAGCGUUCGGCGGGGCGCAGCCCGACGCGGUGAAUCUCUGGAUCGGGAAUUCCCGGUCGCAGACGUCUUUCCACCGGGACCACUACGAGAAUAUCUAUGCCGUGGUCACCGGCGAGAAGCAUUUCCUUUUGCUGCCUCCCACGGAGGUUCACAGGCUUUAUAUACAGCAGUAUCCAGCUGCAGUGUACAAAGGAGGAGUUGAGGGGUUGAGGCUGGAGAUGGAGGAACCGGAGAGGGAGGUGCCAUGGUGUAGCGUGGACCCUUACCCGGAGACGGAGGAGGAGAUGGCGAGGCAGAGGAGGGAGUUUCCAAUGUAUUUUGAUGGGCCGGAGCCGUUUAAGUGUACAGUGAGGGCUGGAGAGAUGCUGUAUUUGCCGAGCAUGUGGUUUCACCAUGUGAGGCAGAGUCCCGAUGAGAAUGGGAGGUGUAUUGCUGUUAAUUACUGGUAUGAUAUGCAGUUUGAUAUCAAGUACGCUUAUUUCAACUUCUUGCAAUCCAUUGACUAUCGUGCUGCUGCUACUGGAGACAAGGAUGUUGGUGAUGAUUCUAGAGAUGAUGAAGGUUCAAAGGCAGAGACGAGCGGUUAGGCACUGCCAAUUUUACCGAAGAUCUUUCGUAUCGACAUUGGUGAGGCAAUGGAUGAGUGCUGAGGUCUCCCUGUUUUGGAUUUGAGGCAGUUGGAUUCAGUCAAUGCACCGGACUGGUCUCCUCUUAUGUUAUCUGUGUUGAGAAUAAAUGAGCGUGCAUGUUUUUUGUUUUGUCGAGAGUCCUUUUCGUGCUAACUUAUCUACUGCUUCAAAAUGUACCAAUUAAAGUAUGAAGUUAAAUCUUUUCAUUGUCUAGAAAGAUAAAAGAAUAAUAAAAAUAAGAAAUAUCCCUUGUAUGCGUCAGGGCAGAGAAAGAAGUUUAAUAAAGAUUACAAUAUUCCUGGUUGAUUUUA